GGGAAGGAUCCGACCCGGUGGCUACAAAACCCUAAUAAGAAAGCAGAAUCUCCCAAACAGAGUCUCGCACCGCACCAAUUUUGCUUCUUCGGAAGAACGCUCGCACUGUCCAGAUCUUUAUCAAGAGGGGCGAGUUUUUCCUUGAAGCCAUGGCCCUGAUCCUGCAUGCUGGCAAGACCAACAAAAAUUCUUACAAGACACUCAUUGCAGCGGAGUAUGCUGGCGUCCAAGUUGAAUUUGUCCCAGAUUUUGAGAUGGGUGUCUCCAAUAAAUCUCCCGAAUUUCUCAAGAUGAAUCCUAUUGGCAAGGUUCCUGUGUUGGAAACACCUGAUGGUCCUGUAUUUGAGAGCAAUGCCAUCGCUCGCUACGUUGCUCGGCUGAAUGGUGAUAACAUUUUGUAUGGAUCUUCUUUGAUCGAUUAUGCCCACGUUGAACAAUGGAUUGAUUUUGCAUCAUUGGAGAUUGAUGCUAAUAUUCUUAAGUGGUACAUCCCACGAAUUGGGCGAGCACCGUACCUUCCUCCAGCUGAGGAGGCUGCAAUUGCUUCACUGAAGAGAGCUUUGGGUGCUUUGAACACUCACCUUGCCUCUAAUACUUACCUAGUUGGGCAUUCUGUGACCCUGGCUGAUAUCGUAUUGACAUGCAAUUUGUAUUUGGGUUUCACAAACAUCCUGGUUAAGAGCUUCACCUCUGAGUUUCCUCAUGUUGAGAGAUACUUUUGGACCUUGGUCAAUCAGCCAAACUUCCGAAAGAUAUUUGGGCAGGUCAAGCAGACUGAAGCUAUUCCACCUGUUCAAUCUGCAAAGAAGCCUUCCCAGCCAAAAGAAUCUAAACCCAAGGGAAAAGAUGAACCAAAGAAAGAGGCCAAGAAGGAGCCAGAAAAGCCCAAAGAAGAAGCAGAAGAGGAGGCACCCAAGCCCAAACCUAAGAAUCCCCUUGAUCUUCUCCCUCCAAGUCCGAUGAUACUGGAUGAGUGGAAAAGACUCUACUCAAACACUAAAACCAAUUUCAGGGAGGUUGCUAUCAAAGGAUUUUGGGACAUGUAUGAUCCUAAGGGAUACUCUCUCUGGUUUUGUGAUUACAAAUACAAUGAUGAAAAUACUGUUUCCUUUGUGACAUUGAACAAGGUUGGUGGAUUUCUUCAGCGGAUGGAUUUGGCUCGCAAGUAUGCGUUUGGAAAGAUGCUUGUGAUUGGAUCAGAUCCACCAUUUAAGGUGAAGGGGCUGUGGCUUUUCCGUGGGCAAGAAAUCCCACAAUUCGUGCUUGAUGAAUGUUAUGACAUGGAGCUCUACGAAUGGACCAAGGUUGACAUCUCUGAUGACGCCCAAAAGGAGCGUGUCAAUCAGAUGAUUGAAGACUGUGAACCUUUUGAGGGCGAGGCUCUUCUGGAUGCUAAGUGUUUUAAGUGAAAAAUUAUUCCUUGAAAGGGUGGUCUGCUUUUAUCACGUGUCUUCGUUUUUGGUAGGGUUCGGUUUCUUUCAGAUUCCAGUUACAGUGAAGUGUUGGCCGUACUUAAUUUGAGCCACAUUGAAACUUUAUAAUGUUCAAUUUUUCUUCCUUAUUUUUAAUGAUAGCAAGACUAGUAUAAAGUGCUAUAUUUUUAUGUUGGAUGUAAAAUUUACAUGGAUUGGUCUUUUUUCCUUCACCCGGAUAAGAGCCAGUUUUGAGGGUAUC